AUUGCUCUUCGCCGCCUCACCAUCGACCCCUUUACGUUAGAAUUUUCCGCCCAAGAUUUACCCAACACCCUGCAGAAAGGCUUAUCUCGAUGGAUAAUAACCUACCGGAUCUUCUGCGGGAUUACGAAUUAGUGACGCAGUUCCACGGGCGCCAUACCAUCCACAGGUUUGAAGACCCUGAUGCGCCCCCAUCGUCCCCACAACGGUGGGAAUAUUGGGAAAAUGAGGGACGGAUUGGCCGGGGCGGCCAAGGGGAAGUGUUCUUACAAAAAUGUACCAGUGGCAGUCGAAGUUACACCCAGCGCGCAGUGAAGAAGAUCCCACUUCCGUAUGACGGUGGAAGACGACGGUACAUUCGAGAGAUCGAAACCAUCAUUAAAUUCUCGCAUGACAGGUACUCGAGGUACUUCGCGAAGACGCUGGGAUGGUACAAAUCAAGCGACUCGUUGUGGAUCGCCAUGGAGUAUUUCCCUACGGGGGAUUUGAAUACAUAUCUUGGCGAACGCAAACGUCCGCCUUUGUCUGAAGAUGACUGCUGCCAGGUCACUAGUCAAGUCUUGCAGGGCUUGGCUGUCAUGCACGGAGCAGGUUUUGCUCACCGUGACAUAAAGCCUCAUAAUGUUUUGAUUCAACAGUGUCCAACAUCUGUACCGCACGGUCCUUGGUGGGUCAAACUUGCAGAUUUCGGACUCAGCAAGAGGUUAGGAGCAGCUACUAGCGACAGCACUAUGGGGAUGGGCACCGAAGAAUACAAGGCACCCGAGCUGUUCGACUACGGCGUUCUAUCGGAUAUCAAUUACCAGGCGGCAGAUAUGUGGGCCUUGGGCGUCAUGACCUUCUUUCUAUUGACGAAACGCCCUCUAUUCCAGAGUCGACGGUCCAUUGUUCUAUAUAAUGGGCCUCCUGAAAGCCUCUUCCCCAGUGGUUCGGUAGAUGAUUGCCAGCUCAGCUUGGACGUACAGGCUUUCAUUGGUGCUUUAGUGAGGCCAAAACCGGAGGAAAGACUAGGCUCUGAGGCAGCUAAGCGCCUUGUAUGGGUUUAUCCUUGGAUGCCAAGGGUACCAACAAUUCCAGACGCAAACAGCGAGUAAGUCCAACAACCCAUAGAAUGCUUUGAGCCGAUGGCUUAACAUGCUAGACCCUCGAGCUCACCCUCCAGAAGUCCAGUCGACGAAGAGAGGGGGAUGGCAAACGUCGCUUUAGCGGAAUGGACUGACCCCACAAGUCCGGGACAGAACGGAGAGACGCA